AUGCUUAGCAAUAAAUGGUUUCUGAUAGAGUCAUUUGAGAUAGAACUAAUUGUUCUCUCUGCUGAUUAUACGAGAUUAAAGAGCGACAAUAGAAAAACUUUUUCAAUUGUGAAUCAAAAGAAUAACUUGAAACCACUUGGCGCUAAUGAUGAGAAGAAUUUUUUCCGAGAAAGUGUUGAGCAUUCAUUUCAUUUCAAACUUCAUAGAGUGAUUGAUGUACGACGAACAAAAUGGAGAAAUGUUAGAGGAAUGAAGCAUAAAUAA